AGAGUCUUAUCGUAAAUACAACGUUGGAGAACAUGACGUCGAACGGACGAGUGUAUUUCUUUCGCUUCGUCAUUUUCUCCAUUUUAUUAUUAAUCAAGUCGAGUGUAAUUGGUGCCGGUCAAGUGCCUGCUGCUGAUGGUGAUAUUCAGUGUUUGUACAAGGAGCCGAUUGAAGCCCAUUUACACGAGGACGGCCAUGGGAUAUUUCGGAUUAAAUUGUGCGCUUGUGGUGGUGUCGACGACCUCAACGUGGCCGUCGUGGCCAAAUCAGAGGCACUGUGUCACUCGACGGCCGGCAUACAGCACCUACAAUGGGAUCGGAAUGCAACUAUUGAUCGGCGCUGUUUGAUGACGAAACCGUCAACUUUUGAUCCACCACUCGUCGUCGGCGACAGUUUGGUUCUCUGUCAACCCAAACGAAAUGGAUUCCCUCUCAUUCUGCCUUAUGUCAACCGCGGGAUUCGAUCGACUAACGAGAGCGCCUCGGCUAUUGUUGACUUCCGCCCCGCUGUAAUAACAGGCCUCCGCGUGGAAGAGGUCGAUAAAGGAGUGAGCUACGAAGAUGGAGUUUCGGUUGUCUUGGCCGGAGCAACUGUGUCGGCGCGUUUGUUUGGGUUUGACUUUAGCAACGAUUCCGAGUUCCGUUUCGUGAUGGCAGCCCGCGACCGAGGUGCCGAUUGUGAUAACUUGCCCUUCGCCGUCAACGUUCACAUCGAUAAAGGCUCAUUGACGGCCUUCUCGACGCUGGUAAGUUUCCGCUUGCCGAGCACUGAUCAGUUCGUCGAUGAAAGUCUGACGGACGAACCAGAGACACCGGCCUUCUACAUCUGCUCUUUGGAGCGUGCCAACGGCCACAGUCACUGGACUCAUCAAGGCAGCGAGCCGGGACUCAAAGUGCGGACCUAUCAGCGGGCGCUUCCCCUUUGGAUUCAAGUCAUCAUCAUCGUCUUUCUAAUGGCAUUUUCGGGUCUCUUCUCCGGUCUCAAUCUGGGUCUCAUGGCCCUCGAUCGGACCGAGCUGAAAAUCUACGAAAACACGGGCACCGAUAAAGAGAAACAAUACGCCAAAACCAUCAGUCCCGUACGCAAUCACGGCAAUUAUCUCUUGUGCACUUUGCUCCUUGGCAACGUCUUGGUCAACAAUUCGUUGACCAUUUUGCUGGACGAUUUGACGUCGGGAAUCGUCGCCAUUAUCGGAUCGACUAUAGGCAUCGUCAUCUUUGGUGAAAUUAUUCCGCAGGCCAUUUGUUCACGUCACGGACUUGCCAUUGGAGCCCACACAGUUUGGAUAACAAAGUUCUUUAUGCUCAUCACCUUCCCGAUGUCGUAUCCCAUCUCUUUGAUACUGGAUCGGAUACUGGGCGAAGAACUCGGCGCUUAUUACAACCGAGAAAGGCUAAAAGAAUUGAUCAAGGUUACGAAAGAAUACCACGAUCUCGAGAAGGAAGAAGUCAAUAUUAUCGCUGGUGCGUUGGAACUUCGACGGAAAACGGUGGGCGACAUUAUGACUCGGCUGGAAGACGUUUUUAUGCUCAGUUAUGAUUCACUACUCGAUUUCGAGACCGUCUCUGAGAUUAUGAAACAAGGAUUUUCGCGUGUACCCAUCUACGACGGAGAACGGAAUAACAUUAUCGGAUUACUGUUUAUCAAAGAGCUCGCUCUGGUAGAUCCGCAGGAUGCCAUUCCAUUGAAAACGCUGUGCAGAUUUUACAAGAAUCAGUGCAAUUUCAUCUUCGAAGAUACCACACUCGACAUAAUGUUUAAAGAAUUCAAAGAAGGCCAUAAAGGCCACAUGGCAUUUGUUCAACGAGUCAACUGCCAAGGAGAUGGAGAUCCUUUCUACGAAACUGUUGGAUUGGUCACGCUUGAAGACAUUAUCGAAGAGUUAAUUCAAGCUGAAAUCGUCGACGAAACGGACGUGUGGAUGGACAACCGCAGCAAACGUCGACGAGAGAAAGGAAGACUAUUCCAGGAUUUCAGUGGCUUCGCCCUGCAGUACCACGAGCAAACUGCUCACAAGAUCUCCCCGCAAUUGGCUCUAGCAGCGUUUCAAUUUCUUAGUUCAUCAAUUGAUCUCUUCAAGACCGAAUUGAUCUCAAACAACGUUCUCCGGCGAUUGAUGCAACAGAGUCAAAUCAUUCGCUUUAUCCGCGUUAACAAAGAAAAAUCAGAGUUUCACCCGGCAGAGACGCUCAUCUUUCAGCAGGGGAAACCAGCCGACUAUUUCGUGCUGAUCCUUGAAGGACGUGUGGAAGUGACAGUUGGGAAAGAAAAUUUAGUUUUUGAGAGUGGACCAUUCAGUCAUUACGGUUCACAGGCCCUAACGUCCUACUCGUCGGCAAUGGAGUCGGCGUCUUCUACUCAACUUUCACGCAGCGUUCAAUCGGUGCGGAUGGCCGUCUCGCCCGACGGCGGAGUUGGCAGCGCAGCGCGUGGGCAAACGUUCGUCACCGACUACACGGUGCGUGCCAUCACUGACGUCGUCUAUUUCUGCCUCAGUCGGAUACUCUACCAAGCAGCUCGUAGUGCCACUGUACUCGAAAGAACGCAGCGUGGUGACGCAACCAAGCGGAUAUCAGACUGUGACAGCAAUUUGGAGCACGUCUUGAUCUUUUCCAACGGAGAAGAAGCAAUUGGUUCAGGGGAUCACCCACUCAACGAAAAUUCUCCGCUCAUCACGCAAGGCGGAUACUGUACAGAUUAUUUGAUGUCCGACACUACUGCGAUCGCAUUAGACUCUCGCCAGGAAGAUUUAUUGAACGGUCCAUCAUUACCCGCUCAAUCCAGUUUCCUUAUUGGAGAAAACCCUGGAAAUUAGAUCAAUGAAAGGAUACAGGGAUUUGAAGAAUUAUUUCCGUCUCUGAUUGUCAAAGUCUCCCGAUUGAAUUUGUUUUAAGGGGAAAAACUGAAAUGAACAAGAUCAUCUAAAAGAAUAAUAAUAAUAAUGAAGAAAUAUUGUUUUUUUGUUAAUCAAAUGCAAGUGACAAGCUAUAGACACCGUACGAAAAUUCAGAAAUAACCAGAAAUAGAUGCCGUUAUUACAAUGUUAAUUCCCUCGCAAUUUGCACAGUCACACAUUUCAAAGCAUUCAGUUUCUUUCUAUGCAUAAUAUAGUGAGAUCAAGUAUGUUUGUAUGUACUUAUGAUAUAAAUAUGUCUAAAGUUUUGCACGA